AUGGCGUCUCCGAAGGAAGAAAAGAGCCCUUCUCCACCAAGGUCGCGAUCGUCACGAUCACCACCUUCAAACCCAGCUAGUCCAGAAGCUCAACCGUUAGCGGCCGAGGUGACGGGACAGUCGCCGAUCGAGCAUGAGGAAGAAGAGCGACCGGCUCCUUUACAAGUCGAUCAUGAGGCCUUUGACAAUGAAGAUGCCGACUCUACCUACUCUACAGAUAGGGACACGUCUUACACUGGAUCCAUCACAUCUUCCAUCUACCAUUACCAGUACGAAAAUGGCCGUCGGUACCAUGCAUAUCGAGAAGGCCAGUACGUCCUGCCUAACGAUGACCAAGAGCAGCAGCGUUUAGACCUUCAACAUCACAUCUGGCGUCUUCUCCUCGGUGGUGCCCUCUACACAGCCCCAUUGCCGAAGCCGGAGACCAACCCGGAGCUCCGCAUCCUAGAUCUUGGAUGUGGUACGGGUAUUUGGGCUAUUGAGAUGGCCGAUGAGUUCCCUAGCGCCCUUGUCUCUGGCGUCGACCUCUCACCUAUCCAGCCAGAAUGGGUACCUGCCAAUUGCUCAUUCCACGUCGACGACUACGAGGAUGUUUGGACGUAUAGAGAAACUGAGAAGUUCGACUACAUCCACGGCCGCGCACUGGGCGGUACAUCUGCGGAUUGGGCGCGGUUUUAUCAGCAGGCCAAGGACAAUCUCAAGCCUGGAGGCUGGAUGGAGAUGCAAGAAUACGACGCUUGGAUCUUUAGUGAUGAUGAUAGCUGUGAUCGUGCGCCCUGGACUAUGGAGUGGGUUGAGAAGUUGGAUGCUACUAGCCAGGUGUUUGGCAAGCGGUUGAACGUUGCCAAGUACCACAAGCAAUGGAUGAUUGAUGCUGGCUUUCAAGACGUUGAGGAGCGUGAGUUCCGGAUACCUAUUGGACCAUGGGCCAAGGACCCUGCUCUCAAGGAGUUGGGGAAAUUUGAGCUCACGCACAUGCAAAUGUCAGUCGAGUCUCACACGCCUGCUCUCUUCACGCGAGUCUUUCAGUAUUCCCAGGACCAAGUAAGAGUAUUGAUGGAGGGUGUUAAGAGAGAGUUUCGCAGUCGGAAUUUGAGACUUAUUACGAGUUACCGGUUCAUUGUGGGGCGCAAGCUAGCCGAGAAUGAAUGA